UCCGUCACCACCGGUUUAAACGAUCAGUUCUAACAGAAGCGAAGUGUUACGGCUGUUUCAAAUAGCCCUUGCAAUAAAUUAUUGCUAGUCAAAGUUGAUAAGAGAUUGUCGACGAAGACAUUCCAAUUUGUCAAGAAAAUGGUUCUCUCUGUGAUAAGAAAAGCCCCGGAGGUUAUUCCUCUCUUGGUGAUUAUGGGAACUGCGACCACAGGAGCCACGGCUUUUCUAAUAAGACAAGCCACGAAAAACCCUGAGGCAUGCUGGGACAAGAAAAACAAUCCCCAUCCUUGGCUUAACAUCAAACCAGAUCAACAAGUGAAGCUUUACAAGCCUUCUCACCCCUCAGUUGCCGAUGGAAGACGCUGAAAAGCUGGAUUAUAAAAAAGAAUACGACGGUCUGCAGCGAAAAACGUUAAAUAUUCCAAGAACAACUCAACUGUUGAAAUAAUAGCCCACAUAUUUAAAUCAUGACGACAACUUUUAUCAGAACCAUAUUUGUUAUCCAUUAAGAAUAUACAAAUUUAUAUGAAUGCAGAAGGAAGCCGCUUGGCGCUCUCAGUGAAAACAUUCCCAGGUGCCUUUUCGAGUCCUACUGGAAACGUUAUUUCGAGGUCAGCAAAUUGCUAAAAAAUUUUCUUCAAAAUGUACAUUUUCCUCUGUUGAGCGUAUGUAAAAUAUCAGAGAUCCAAAAGGAUCCGAAGUUUUAUUAAAUAUUCAUUUGAAUUUUUCUCUUG